UAAUAACCUCACCACCUGCCCCUUCUGAUCCCCUCUCCUCCCGGCGGCGCUCUAGGGUUCUAGCUCCUCCUCUCCGGCGGCGCGCGCAUCGACCGAUCCCAUCUCUCAGCCCGGAAGGCGGCGGCGAGACCCAAGGCUAGGCAAAGAUGGUGAGAGUCAGCGUCCUUAAUGAUGCUUUGAAGAGUAUGUACAACGCAGAGAAGCGUGGGAAGAGGCAAGUCAUGAUCCGGCCCUCUUCAAAAGUGAUCAUCAAGUUCCUCAUCGUCAUGCAACGCCAUGGCUACAUUGGUGAGUUUGAGUAUGUUGAUGACCAUCGUGCGGGGAAGAUUGUGGUUGAGUUGAAUGGGAGGCUCAACAAGUGUGGGGUGAUCAGCCCUCGCUUCGACGUCGGCGUGAAGGAGAUCGAGGGGUGGACUGCCCGGCUGCUCCCAUCUCGUCAGUUUGGAUACAUUGUCCUGACAACCUCUGCUGGCAUCAUGGACCAUGAGGAAGCCAGGAGGAAGAAUGUCGGUGGCAAAGUGCUCGGUUUCUUCUACUGAAAGAAAGUUUCGUGAAAGCAUUAUCGAUCGGUGUAAUAGGAUAUUUAUCUUAUGAUGGAUCUUGCCUAUUCCUAGUUGAUUACCAGAUGCACCUUGAGGGGAUCUUGAGCCUUUUUGGUAGUUCUGAUGAAUUAUGCUUUUAUGAUGUUUCUUCCCAAAUGUUAUUAUGUGCCGCCACUUGCCUUUGUUGGCCAUUUUCAAAUUUGCCUGAUAGUGUGCGCUGUUUGGAGCUCA